AUGGAAAAAGAGAAAAGAGAGAGUGUCCGAGCAAGAAUCGCAAAAGAGCUUUAUACUUAUUGUGGAUUUUGGAUCGCUGUGUCAACACUACCGGUAUUGGCUUUGUCUUAUGUAGUUGUACGACUAAGCAAGCAUCUGUGGAUAAAACUGUUGUCGAAUCGAUAUCCACAUUUAGAAUUCAUCAGAACGGAUACAGUCCGUUCCUUGCUAGACACUCAAAGAAACCAAGGCAUCAUUAACGUACUUCUCUGUAUCAAAGGGUCGUGUAAUAAAGAACAAAUAAGAAACGAACUAACUCAACACGUGAUCGACCGCCGAGAUAAAGAUGGCGACCUAAUGUUCCCAAGACUACGGCAAUGUCUUGUAUCGCACUGGGGCAACUACGCAUGGGACACUAACGUGUCUUUCAGACCUGACAAUCACUUUAUAGUUUCGAACGCUAUUUAUCGAGGCAGGCCGGUGUCCGAUGCUAAUAUCCAGGACUACGUUAGCGAAAUAGUAUCUAAAUAUUUUCCUAGCGAUCAACCACCGUGGCAAUAUAUUGUUAUACCGUGCGUAUCGACUGAACCUAAAUAUUACAUUCUAGUAAGAGUACAUCACAUGCUUUUGUCGGGAACGAAGUCAAUUAACAUUGGUGAUUUAUUACUUAUCGAACAAUUGAAGCCCGAAGAAAGGACAGCGAAUUAUGAGCAAUUAAGCCCGUUGAACAAACUGUUCCCGACACCAAAAGUCCUACCGGAGCUGUUGGGAAAACUGAACGAAAGUUUAUCAAAUGUAUGGAAUGAAUUUAUUUCUGAAUAUGAUCCAGUUGAAAACCCUAAAGCGUCUAAAUCGAUGCCGGGUGCAUUCCAUGUGGCAGGACUUAUUUUAAUAUCAGCUGCAAGCGCAUUUAGAGAAUUAAGAAAGAAAAAAUUAAACGAUAGGGCGGAGCCAACUUUCCUCACAGCAGCAUCUUUCUUCAGCGCAGUUCAGCGGGAAUUGAAAAGAAGGAACUUAACAGUGCCAAGGCUAAUAUUCUCCCCUGUUGUAACAGCGGAUCCACGUAAAUGGCCGCGGCUAACCAUCAAGGCCGCCUUAACAACAGCACGUACGUUCAUAAAGCUGCCUUUCAGGAUAAAAGACGAACUGACAGCAAUAAUGGAACUCAAAAGUACAGGGAAUGUGCAACAAACGCAGACUUUAACUUGGAGAUACGCUAAGCUGGUGCAAAUGUUUACCUAUGCCACACUUGAAGCAUGGAGGUGUGCUGUCGAAGUGUAUCGGGCACCAGCAGAGCUAUGGAUCGAUACAGUUGGUGCCGAUGAUGGAAAGAGGCAUCUUCUUCAGACAGUGUCUUUAUGCGGAAGAAAGGUCGUAUCAUGGUCUCGCCCAAUACCCCGGGUAUCGAUCGAACGUGCACGUCAAGCUUUAGGAGUGUCUUCCACGGACAUUGCUUUAUUCGCUGCUACGGACGCAAUGCGUGCGUUUUUCCACAGUUUACAAAGCGAAGCGCCUGAUUGUGUACUUACAACUGCUAGAGCAGCACCUGAAGAGUUUCUUUUUACUUUCGCUGAGGGUGAUGGAAAGCAAUACAAAAAGGCUCACACGGGAGGUAUGGUCUGCUUAUCAUUACCAAUAGGCGCAACUCCGCGUCGAAUCGCAUCUGUGAUAUCCGAGGCAUGUAAUCGCCAAAGAGCCCUUUCUGGAGCUUGGGCCCUACAAACUCGCUGUGGGGUCUUGACUCGUUCAGUGCCUUCGCCCCUCGCAAGACUCACUCUUAACUUGCUGUCGAGGAGGUAUGCUGUAUCGUACGCAGAAAUAAACGCUCCGCCAGACGCAAGGACCCGAACGACGUUGUGGGGACAGACUGUCGACCAUAUUAUUUAUUGGAGGCCACCGCAAGCUAACAUUAGUAUGUCACUGACGGUAAUACAAUACGCCGAUACUGUCCGUUUGGCUGUAAUGACAGAUGCUCGCCUGUCUCCUUCUCACAACGUCCCCGCUAACCGCUGGCCUAUCGCAGUGGAACAAUUAGUCACAAAAAUCGAGCAAGAAAUUGCCAGAAUUGCAGCACAACCUGAAAUUUCUCUCGAAGAAAUUCCGCAAACAGUGAAGACCGAAGGUGAAGAAACUAAUACGUAUAUAGCCCAACCUUAUACAAGUUAA